CCCCUCACCUACGUUCUGUGAAGAGUUUUUCAAAUAGCUAUUCAUUACAGUAUUCCAUUUAUACAAACCGAUUGCGAACGCAUUCCCGGACUCCUCACUACUGAUCGCAGUGGGACUUUUACUUGGGCUGUUACUCAAACAAUCAGGAGCACAUAUUCCUUACUCUCUAAAUGCCCAUGUGUUCUUCCUCUACCUCCUGCCACCCAUCAUUUUUGAUGCAGGUUACUUUAUGCCGAAUCGAGCCUUGUACGAGAAUUGGGUCUCCGUACUUCUUUUCGCCGUAGUAGGAACCGUAUGGAAUUGCAUAGCUAUUGGUACGUUCUCAAUGUUUCAUGUGUCCGUCCAUACUCUUCAAAUCAAUUGACU